AUGGCAACAAAUAGAAAAUUAUCUGUUCAAACAAGAUCUAUGAACUCAUGGAAUCUUGUCAACAAUAACGGCCACAAAUGCAUCAAUGAAAACAAACUACCACAAAACUAUAAGAAAACAAAUAAUGAAGCAACACUACUAACAAAAGAUAACAAACACGAAGGGGAAGAGAAAAGGACACCAACAAUAACCAACAAUUCCUUCUUCUCAAGCUCAAUAACUACAAGCACAACAGCAACAACAAUCUCAACAAAACAGUACAAUUAUUACUCUAACAUAAUCACGAGCACACUCACAAACAAUGCAGUCACCAACACACCCGUUAAAGGCGUAGCGGAAAAUUGCUGCCCAUCCAAGGACCUCACUACACCACCUAAAAGCCCCGAACAAAAGGAGCAACCUUCAAGAGGUAAGAGUAAUAACAAAGACAAUAUAAGGUACAAACCAUAUAAAGAAGCAACAAUUAAGUAUACAAAGAACAUUUAUAAGGAUUUAAGUUUUAGAAUAAAGGCACCCGAAAGGGACCUGGUUAGCGAACCUUUGCACAAAAACUUCAGCAGCGUACUGAAGGGAAAUUAUACAACCUAUAGAAAAAAGUAUUUGGAAGGCCCCGUUGUUGGAAGGGGAAGUUUCGGAGUCGUAAAGACACUGUUUAGCAUGGUUGAAAUCCUGGACCUAUACCAGUUCAUCCCAACCAAGCUAAGACCACCGAUUAACAACUUAUCACUGGGAAUAAAAAGAAUAAGCGAAAAUAAGUACGAAUUCUGUGGAGUCAGCCUAACAAGUCCAACGAGAGCCGCCAAAAUAAUGAAUUUUGACAAAAUAAAGAAGACAGGCUCCAAAAAUCUGCUCCACAUAUUAAGAGAAGUCUCAAUCGGCUCCUGGAACGAUCACCCGAACAUAGUCAAGGUCAAGGAGAUCUAUCUCAACGAACAGAUAAUAAAGUACCUCAACAACAUCAACAACAUGGAUGACAAGGAAAUGAUCUUGACAGGAAAAAACAACAACGUCUACCUAGUCAUGGAGUACUGUAGCGGAGGAGACCUCAGCAAGCUCAUCAUCGACGAAGUUAACAAGGAAAAUAUCAUACCCAGAAUAUUCGUUCAAAUAUUCAAGUCACUCUCCUACAUCAAUUCUAGAGGUAUAGCACACCGAGAUGUAAAGCCAGAAAACUUCCUAAUCACCGUUAAUGAAAACACAAACAAGUCUGAAGAUAUUGAAAUCAAGGAUAAUGAUGAUAUAACUGUUAAGUUGGCCGAUUUCGGUCUCGCCAACUCAUCACCAAGAGUAUUGAAAACGAGAGCAGGAACUCCAUACUACGUAGCGCCUGAGAUUAUCAAGUGUAAUGGCCACAACUGCUACAGCGCCAAGUGCGACUCGUGGUCCUCAGGAAUUAUGCUACACAUAUUUCUAUUGGGAACGUGCCCAUUCCACGACGAGUCCGACGUUAAGAAGUUGAACAAGGUGGUCAACGAAGAAAUUGAUUGGACACACCCAAUUUACGCGACAAUACCACCUGAGGCCUAUGACCUUUUGAAGAAACUCUUGGUCAAAAAUCCCUCGAAAAGAAUCUCGACCACUGAUUCCCUUAAACAUUUGUAUUUCCAGAAAUUCACCGGGUAUGCACCUUUGCUCCGUAGCAUUAAUGGAAAUACAUUGAUUGACAAACUUAUACAGUUUUACAAAUUCCCAAUCCUCAAGAGAAUUGCACUGUGCAUUAUGAUAAGGCAAAUUUCAGAAUAUAAACUGGAUAGCCUGACCGGCAUGUACAAGUACCUUGUCUCAUUCUCACAAGACCUCAACACACUCACAAUACCAUCUUUGACCAAUUACGUCAACUACUACAAACUCAACUCAGAACCAAAUAAGGACAACACAUAUAAUAACAAAAUUGACAAACUCUACUAUCUGCAACAAUUUUUAAACGUCGGCGAGAUAGGAUUCACAGAAUUUGUAGCCUCGCAAAUGGCCGCAGAACUCUGCCAAAACAAUGACCUCAUAGCCAACGUAUUUGCAGGACUCCACUCAGACCUACCAGGAAGACGUAGCCUAUUCAUCAACGAACAAGAUUUGGCAAGACUGACGACAAGUUAUACACACGACUACUCAAACCUGGAAAUAAGUGCAUACAUGGACCGAGACCUCGAAGUGAAACUAGAAACAGACGCACAAAUACUAAGCAGCAUCAACAACAUCAUAAGCGACGCGUGCGAAUAUUCAGAUAAGAUUUAUUUCCAGAAUAAAAUGGAAGGAAACACACAUGGUCUUGGAGGAUUCCUAAGGUCAACAAGAGGACCGGAUAAAGAAGCAUCAAUGUCAAUUGACGAGUUCUUCCUCAUGAUGAGCUUUAAUCUUAUUGACCAUUCACAUAAAGAAGAGGGAAGACAAGUUCGAAUCAAGAGGAAAAAAGUCACUAACAUAUUAUAG